AUGGCAACUUUUCAAUCUGUUAUCUCUUUUGCUUCAGCAAUUGCACUCUGUGUUGCUAGUUUUGGCUGCAUAUGUGCCCACAAUGCUGGAUUUACUAUGAAACUAGUCCACCGUGAUUCACCAAAGUCCCCCCUUUACAACUCUCAACAAACUCACCUCCAACGUUUGAACAAAGCUAUGCGCCGAUCCGUUAGUCGAGUCCACCAUUUUCAGAGAACUGCUGCUACGGUCUCUUCAAAAGAAUUUGAAUCUGAGAUUAUAGCUAAUGGAGGUGAAUAUCUCAUGAGUUUAUCCCUCGGGACACCGCCUUUUGAGAUCCUGGCUAUAGCAGAUACGGGCAGUGACCUUAUAUGGACACAGUGCACGCCAUGCGACAAGUGUUACAAGCAAAUUGCUCCUCUUUUUGACCCAAAAUCCUCUAAGACAUAUAGAGACCUCUCUUGUGACACAAGGCAAUGCCAAAACCUAGUCGAGAGUAGUUCCUGCUCCUCCGAACAGCUUUGCCAAUACUCGUAUUAUUAUGGUGAUCGGUCCUUUACCAAUGGAAAUCUUGCUGUUGAUACAGUCACUUUGCCUUCGACAAAUGGCGGUCCAGUGUAUUUUCCUAAAACUGUCAUUGGCUGUGGGCGUCGAAAUAAUGGAAUCUUUGAUAAGAAAGAUUCAGGUAUUAUUGGCCUUGGAGGUGGUCCAUUGUCCCUUAUAUCUCAAAUGGGGUCCUCUGUUGGUGGCAAAUUCUCGUACUGUCUGGUGCCAUUUUCCUCCGAAUCUGCAGGAAACUCGAGCAAAUUACAUUUUGGAAGAAAUGCUGUGGUUUCCGGUUCUGGAGUCCUAUCAACCCCAUUAAUCUCAAAAACUCCAGAUACCUUUUACUAUCUAACACUACAAGCCAUGAGUGUAGGGGAUAAGAAAAUAGAAUUCGGAGGUUCUUCAUUCGGAGGCAGUGAGGGCAACAUCAUCAUUGAUUCAGGUACUUCCUUGACGUUAUUUCCAGUAAAUUUCUUCACGGAAUUUGCUACAGCGGUUGAAAAUGCAGUUAUUAAUGGGGAACGCACCCAAGACGCAAGUGGAUUACUGAGUCAUUGUUAUCGCCCUACUCCUGAUCUAAAGGUUCCCGUAAUCACUGCACAUUUCAAUGGUGCAGAUGUGGUGCUCCAGACUUUAAAUACCUUUAUUUUAAUUUCAGAUGAUGUCUUGUGCUUAGCCUUUAACUCAACUCAAUCUGGUGCAAUCUUCGGUAACGUUGCACAAAUGAACUUCUUGAUAGGCUAUGACAUUCUAGGAAAGUCUGUGUCUUUUAAGUCGACUGAUUGCACCCAAUUGUAA